AUGAGCAACCUCUUCGCCCUUUCCCCCAACGCUGUUCCGGGGAGCCCCAGUGGGUCCUCCGUCUUCGACCUCCCCACUCAGCCGCAGCCCGUCAUCCCCGCGCCCCCCGACCGUCAUCCGACCCUCCUCGCCGAAACCCCGAGCACGCUCGCCGGCAAGCCCUCCUUCGUCGUCCUCUCCGGGGGCACCGGCUGCAACUCCAUCUGCGCCGCGUUCGGCCGGACGGCGUGCUACAUCCUGCCCGUCUCCGACGACGGCGGGUCCUCGAGCGAGAUCAUCCGCGUGCUUGGCGGGCCGUCCAUAGGCGACAUCCGCUCGCGCCUCAUCCGCCUCAUACCACAGGCGGACCCGGGCUCGCCGCUGGACGCGAUCCGCACCCUGCUCGCGUACCGGCUCCCGGCGAGCUGCACCGAGCGCGAGGCGCGCGACGAGUGGCGGGACAUCGUCGAGGGCCGGAGCAAGCUUUGGGCGGGGAUCCCGAGCGACCGCAAGGAGAUGAUCAGAGCGUUCCUCGUGCACUUUGAGAGCGAGAUCCUCUCGCGGGCGCACAAGAACUUCUCGUUCGUCAAUGGGAGUAUCGGGAAUUACUUCUUGUCUGCGGCACAAGCUUUCUUCCGGUCUUUGCCUUCGGCCAUCUUCUUGUUUUCGUCUAUGACAAACAGCCAGGCGAAUAUACUUCCAGUCAUUGUCACUAACCACACAGUCACCAUUGCCGCCGAGCUGGGGAACGGCGAGAGGUUGGUAGGCCAGUGCGAGAUCUCGCAUCCCGUUCGCGACGCCCCGCGCAUCGAUUUCUCCUUUGAAUCCGAUCCUACCUCCCCCGUUGAUCCCUUGGACGGAACGCUUCCCCGUGCACGGAACGUGAUGUUCCAGGCGGAGGAGAAGCACAAGUUCCAGCCACUCAGUGCUCCCAUCAGCAGAUUGUACUACAUCAACGCGUAUGGCAACGAGAUCCAUCCCACGCCAAACCCAGAUUACAUUUCUGCGCUGUCGUGCCAUGAUGUUCUCAUUUACUCGUGCGGAUCGCUCUGGACAAGCAUCAUGCCGUGCUUGGCCCUGAAGGGUGUGGCGAACGCAAUCGCUGGCUCGCGCAAGCUCAAGGCAAAGGUGCUUCUACUGAAUUCAGUCAACGAUAGGGAGACAGAUGGGUACACGGCGGUGGACUACGUUCGCACCAUUGCGCAGACAUUGAAUGACGGUCACCACGUCCGUUCGUACGGCGGCCUGAGCAAAGCAGAUACGCGAUACCCUAUCUCUGCGUUUAUCACCCACCUCGUCUACCUCAAAGGCACCGCAGUCGCCGUGGACGUGCGCCAAAUCACGGCUCUGGGAGUCCGCUGCGUUGCGGUCGAUGGCCCCAUUGACGAGAAGACGAAGCAGGUGCAGUUUGAUGCUGCAUGCGUGCACCGCGCCGUGGAGGAAAUACUGGACGGCGUGGCUGAGGAUCGCUGA